UUUAGUAAUGUAAUGUCAUACUGGAAAAACAAAAGAGUAAAUAGUCCGUUUUAGGUUUUUAUUCGGUUGCAUUUAAUGGAAAAAACGUAAUUUGACCUGAGCGAGUUACCUGGUACACACAGGUUCACCUGAAGUGUGGUCAGGUUUAACUUCCAGGUAUCAGAUACCACUCUACCACCGCGAGCUACUCGAGACCGGAACAGCUGCUGUCACAGACAGGUAGCAUAAAAAUGCAGGCUAACAUGCUCCCGGAGGCUUACGGGUGCGUUGUGGCAAACAGGUAUGGGGAUCUCCUGGAUGACGAGGCCGACCCUUUCGACUUGAUCAGCAAAGUGGAACAGGAGAAGAAGGAGAAGAAGAAGAAAAAGAAGCAAGAAGGCAAAGAGAAGAAAGCUGGUCAGAAGGAAUCUCAGAAGGACAGACGCCUUCCCUUUGCGUCGGAAGUUCAAGACCGGGCUCCAGUCCGUCAGCAGCAUCAGGCACUUCCUGGACCAGUGGCUGCGAGGGGAGAUGUUAGAGAGGAGGCUCAUGGGGUUAUAAAGAGAGCUACCUUUGGGGAGCGUUGGGCCAACAAAGAGGACUAUCCACAGGAGUUUUCCAUCUCCAGGCCUUCCUAUAAUGCAAACUCUGACUUCAGAGGCAGAGGGGGGAGAGAAUACUCAAGGAACUCUGACAACUUCGACCUGAGGGGCGAGAGAGAAUAUGAUCGACAAAGUGGAACAGGUAUCUCUCCUGAGGAAAAGAGGGGAGGCCGAGGACCCUGGAACUGGGGCAGUGUUGAAGAUCAUGCAAAAAGUGAGUCAAUGGAGGUGAUCUCCGCUGCUACCGUCAAAUCUGAGAAGCCCCAAACACGUGCGGAGGAAGAGAAUCAGAAUCGUUAUGAUAGGGCAAUGGAAGAAGAGGAUGGGGAAGUGCUGGUCCAGGUUGCCAUGGAGAUGACCCUAGACGAGUGGAAGGCCGUGCAGGAGACGAGUCGUCCCAAGGCCGACUUUAACAUCCGAAAAUCUGGGAACAAGAUUCCCUCCAAAGCCAAGGUCAUCCACCAAUCAAAGCACACAGAGAAUGUGAAGGAGGGGACCGUGGAAGAUGGACACUUCCUCCGCAGCUCUGUGAAUGACAUCACCUCCCUUCUGGAGAUCAACUUCGGGAGCCUUGGACGUCCCAGUCGUGGGGGUCGGGGAAGGGGAGCAAGAGGUGGCCCGACUAACCGCCAAGAGAGAGCCAGACCCAUACUGGAGAGGGAGGAGGAUCUGGCUCCAAACCCAGAUGACCCAGAAGACUUCCCAGCACUAUCAGCAGGAAGAUAACUGAAUUCACUUCUCGUUGACCUCCUGUGGGGAAAUAGGUUGCACUUGACUUUUGGGUUUUAUGUACUUAUUUUGUUCUGUUGCACUAAAGACACUGUUCUACAUUUGAC